AUGGAGAAGGCUAUACAAGCGGCGACGCGUAUACCGGGAGAAGCGGUGAAACUUUUAGAAGUGAUUCGGCGGGCCCAGGAAGAAGCGAGUAAAGCAAUUGCUGUAGUAAAGAAGUACCUCACGGAAGUGGAAGAGGGAAACAAAGUAGUGAAAAAUGUUCUUAAAGAAACGAAUGCUAUACUUAGUGCAGCAACAAAAGUGGAUAAGGUGGCCAAGAGAGAUCAAUCGAACGCAGCAAUUACUAAAGAAGAGUGCACUGAACUCAAACAAUUGACGCUUGAUGGGUUUGAGAGUGUUCCCCUGAGAGUGGAAACACAGAAAGGGACAAGAGGGAGCACUGCUGAGGCUCUCAGGGAAACUGAACGCCUUGAGGCCCUCAUGAAGACAGCAAUAUUAAGUGCGGAUAAUGCAGUAGAGCUGGCGACAACUGAGAAAUCAGCAGCUCAAGCAGCGUUGCAGGAAGCCACUCAAGAGCUGGAAGCCGCUAAGAAGAAACAGCAGGAGAGUGAGAAGCAGAAAGAGGGGAUUCUGGAGAGCGAAGUGAGUGAAAGGGACGGAGAGAAAGGACUCAACCGUCCUCAGCAACCCGACACCACGGAUGCCACUUCGAAUCCUCCUGCUGGUGCGUCGUUGCCUACGGCCGAUGGCACUGCGGAUGGCGAGAAGCUUCUUGCUCAGCACACAGAUGGCAGCGACGUCCCCGCGUGGGUGCGUGCGCCACUGAUGCUACUGCUUCUUCUGAUGGCCUGUGUGGCCGCGUGGUGA